UUCAUAAGGAGUGCAUGCUGAUUAGAGUGGUAUAAAAGUAUAUAAAGUUAAAGAAUCUCAUCAUUACUGCAAACCAGUUCGAAGUGAUUCAAUCAUUCUCUAAAAAGAUAUAAACGUUCAUCAUGAAGAUCUUAAUUUCACUGUUUGCAAUCUUUGUUCUAGUUACUGCGGACUGGGAGCCCAGAAAUAGAGAACAAUUCAUCAAGGAUCGGGACGAAUGCUUUAAAUCUGAAAAUUUAUCGGAACAUUGUAUUGACGAAAUCAAGAGACGUAUUUUUCCCCACGAGCCAAAAUGCUAUUUUAGAUGCGUUUUGAUGAAAAACAGCGUAUGGGAUGAUACCAGUGGCUACGAUGUGGAGAAAGCGCACAAAGAACUCACUCAUAAUGGAUUAGAGAUAGCAAAGGAAGACUUGAACAAAUGCAAUAGCGAAGAAAUGAAGAACAAAGAUCCUUGUGUGUGGGCCAAUAAUAUCAUAAAGUGCAUUUGGGAUUAUCUACCUAAAAAGAAGCAAGAGUAGAUAUCAGAAGAUGUUUCUUAUCUUGGCGAAUUAAAAAUAUCUGUGCAUUUCUA